AAUAGUGGCACUGAAUUUCUAAGUACAAGAAAUUGCUUAGACAAUUGAUUUAGUAUCUGUAUAUGGGUAAUACUCUGUCCUGCAGUAGGCAGCAUGUCAGCUGAAACACCAGUCACACUGAAUAUUGAUCCUCAGGAUCUGCAGGUCCAAACAUUUACUGUAGAGAAGCUACUGGAGCCACUCAUAAUCCAGGUUACUACACUUGUAAAUUGUCCCCAGAAUCCUUCCAACAGGAAAAAAGGACGUUCAAAACGAGCCAGAGUCCUCCUAGCUUCUGUGGAGGAAGCAACUUGGAAUUUAUUAGACAAGGGGGAGAAGAUUGCUCAGGAAGCCACAGUUUUGAAGAAGGAGCUUACUACUGCACUUGAGGAAGUUCGCAAAGAAAGUGAAGCUCUGAAAGUAUCAGCUGAGAGAUUUGCAGAUGACCCAUGUUAUCUCCCCAAAAGGGAGGCUGUGGUUCAAGCUGCCCGUGCCUUGUUGGCUGCAGUUACCAGACUCCUUAUCCUUGCAGACAUGAUAGAUGUCAUGAGUCUCUUGCAGCACGUGUCAGCUUUUCAAAGAACAUUUGAGUCUCUAAAAAAUGUUUCCAAUAAAUCUGACCUCCAGAAAACCUACCAGAAGCUUGGAAAGGAGCUGGAAAAUCUGGAUUAUUUAGCCUUCAAACGUCAGCAGGACUUAAAAUCUCCAAAUCAGAGGGAUGAAAUUGCAGGGGCCCGGGCCUCACUGAAGGAGAAGUCCCCGCUCUUGCAUUCAAUUUGCUCAGCUUGUUUGGAACAUUCUGAUGUUGCUUCCCUCCAAGCCAGCAAGGACACAGUGUGUGAAGAAAUUCACAAUGCCCUCAAUGUAAUUUCAAAUGCUUCACAAGGCAUCCAGAAUAUGCUUGCUCCACCAGAACCUAAGGCAGCAACACUAGGAAGUGCCCUUGAUGAGCUUGAGAAUUUAAUUGUCUUGGAUCCACUCACAGUGACUGAGGAAGAAAUUAGACCAUCUCUAGAGAAACGUCUUGAAGCCAUUAUCAGUGGGGCUGCACUAUUGGCUGACUCUUCAUGCACUAGAGAUUUCCAUCGGGAACGGAUUAUUGCAGAAUGCAAUGCCAUUCGCCAGGCUCUCCAGGACCUGCUUUCAGAGUACAUGAACAAUACUGGAAAAAAGGAAAGGAGUAAUACCCUGAAUAUUGCAAUAGACAACAUGUGUAAGAAGACAAGGGAUCUUCGCAGACAGCUCCGUAAAGCUAUUAUAGAUCAUGUGUCAGACUCCUUUUUGGAUACAACAGUCCCACUUUUGGUUCUCAUUGAAGCUGCCAAGAAUGGCCGAGAAAAGGAAAUAAAAGAAUAUGCUUCAAUAUUUCGUGAACACACCAACAGACUUAUAGAGGUUGCAAAUCUUGCUUGUUCCAUGUCAACAAAUGAAGAUGGAAUUAAAAUUGUCAGAAUUGCAGCCAAUCACCUGGAAACCUUGUGUCCACAGAUCAUUAAUGCUGCACUUGCUUUGGCGGCAAGACCCAAAAGUCAAGUGGUCAAAAAAACCAUGGAAAUGUAUAAGCACACGUGGGAGAAUCAUAUCCAUGUCCUCACCGAAGCUGUAGAUGACAUUACAAGCAUUGAUGACUUCCUUGCUGUAUCUGAGAGCCAUAUCCUUGAAGAUGUCAACAAGUGUAUCAUAGCAUUGAGAGACCAGGAUGUUGAUAAUUUAGACCGUGCUGCAGGUGCUAUCAGAGGACGGGCAGCAAGAGUUGCUCACAUUGUCACAGGUGAAAUGGACAGUUAUGAGCCAGGAGCUUACACUGAAGGUGUGAUGAGAAAUGUUAACUUCCUGACAACUACUGCAAUACCUGAGUUUGUAACACAAGUGGAUGUUGCCUUAGAAGCCUUAAAUAAAAACUCUUUGGAUGUAUUUGAUGAUGAUCAAUUUGUGGACAUCUCAAAGAAGAUCUAUGAUACAAUUCAUGAUAUCAGAUGUUCAGUCAUGAUGAUUCGGACCCCAGAGGAACUGGAAGAUGUUUCUGACUUGGAAGAGGAACAUGAGGUGCGCAGUCACACCAGCGUUCAGACCGAAGGGAAAACUGACAGAGCUAAGAUGACUCAAUUGCCCGAGGCAGAAAAGGAAAAGAUUGCUGAGCAAGUUGCUGAUUUCAAGAAAGUAAAGAGUAAACUGGAUGCUGAGAUUGAGAUUUGGGAUGAUACCAGCAAUGAUAUCAUUGUUCUGGCCAAGAAGAUGUGUAUGAUUAUGAUGGAGAUGACAGACUUCACAAGGGGCAAAGGACCACUAAAGCAUACAACUGAUGUGAUCUAUGCGGCUAAAACGAUAUCAGAAUCAGGAUCAAGGAUGGAUGUCCUUGCUCGGCAGAUUGCUAACCAGUGUCCGGACCCGUCAUGCAAACAAGAUUUGUUGGCCUAUCUGGAACAGAUUAAGUUUUACUCUCACCAACUGAAAAUCUGCAGUCAAGUUAAAGCUGAGAUCCAGAACCUGGGAGGAGAGCUCAUCAUGUCUGCUUUGGACAGCGUCACCUCCCUGAUCCAAGCAGCCAAAAAUUUAAUGAAUGCUGUGGUGCAAACAGUGAAAAUGUCUUACAUUGCUUCAACGAAGAUCAUCCGAAUUCAGAGUCCUGCUGGGCCCCGGCACCCAGUUGUGAUGUGGAGAAUGAAGGCUCCUGCAAAAAAGCCCUUGAUUAAAAGAGAGAAGCCAGAGGAAACUUGUGCAGCUGUCAGACGAGGCUCAGCAAAGAAAAAAAUCCACCCAGUGCAAGUCAUGAGUGAAUUUAGAGGACGGCAUGUCUACUAA